CCCUUCCUCAUACAGCAGCAGCACAGUACGGAAAACGUCAAAGCGGAGACCAUUCAGCCGAGCCUACACUGUCUGAAUUUUAGUGUAAUAUUGCAACUAAACAGUAGAAGAUGGCCUCUACUAUGGAGAAGCUGAUUGCUCAUGUGAGUAAAGAGGAGCCUGCAGGCCCCACCAACAAGGUGACAGUGGUGGGUGUGGGAAUGGUUGGAAUGGCUGCCGCCAUCAGCAUCCUGCUCAAGGAUCUGACCGAUGAGCUCGCCCUGGUGGACGUGAUGGAAGAUAAACUGAAAGGAGAGGUGAUGGACCUGCAGCAUGGGAGCCUCUUUCUCAAGACGCACAAGAUAGUGGCUGAUAAAGACUACAGUGUGACCGCAAACUCCAAAUUGGUCGUUGUGACCGCUGGAGCUCGCCAGCAGGAGGGUGAGAGCCGUUUGAACCUUGUGCAGAGGAACGUUAACAUCUUCAAGUUCAUCAUCCCCAACAUUAUGAAGUACAGCCCCAACUGCAUCCUCCUGGUUGUGUCAAACCCAGUUGACAUCUUGACCUAUGUGGCCUGGAAACUGAGCGGCUUGCCCAGGAACCGCGUUAUUGGCAGCGGCACAAAUCUGGAUUCGGCACGGUUCCGUCACCUGAUGGGAGAGAAGUUGGGCAUCCACCCUUCUAGCUGUCAUGGAUGGGUUAUUGGAGAGCACGGAGACUCCAGUGUUCCUGUGUGGAGCGGUGUGAACGUGGCUGGUGUGUCUCUCCAGGGACUGAACCCCGACAUUGGUACAGAAAAAGACAAAGAGGACUGGAAGAGUGUCCACAAGAUGGUGGUUGACAGUGCUUAUGAGGUCAUUAGGCUGAAGGGCUACACCUCCUGGGCUAUUGGUAUGUCUGUAGCUGACCUGUGUGAAAGCAUCUUGAAGAACCUGCGCAAGUGUCAUCCAGUGUCUACAUUGGUGAAGGGAAUGCACGGUGUGAAUGAAGAUGUCUUCCUCAGCGUGCCAUGCAUCCUGGGUAGCAGUGGCCUGACAGAUGUUGUGCACAUGGCCCUUAAACCAGACGAGGAGAAACAGUUGGUGAAGAGCGCCGAGACCUUGUGGGGCGUUCAGAAGGAGCUGACUUUAUGAACUUCAGUCCUCUCCAAAAUGUAGCCAGUGUCACAGAUUUCAAUCCUCAGUAACUACUGCCUCUAUCUCCAGACCUUAAAAAACAUAUUAUCUGUAACCUCCAUUUGAUAUCUCCAAGCCAGUUUCAGACCUUUAGAUUGUAACACUCCUUACUUUAGCUGCAGAGGAGAAUUAGUUUAUUCCUGUUGUCUGUAUGAAGAUUAUAGUUUGUAAAAGUUUGCAUCUGUGUGCAUACUAGUCUAUUGUAUUUUCAAGAAAGAAGCACUUCUGAGCAAGGCAAUGUCAAUUUGAGUCUCCAUUUGAUCAUUUUUUUCUGUUAUGAGCUCAGCUAGCAUUCCGUACCACUUGCGUCAAGUAUUUAGCGUACACGCAAUUGAUCUGUUUGGUAAGACCACCAAGUAAAACCAAAGCUUUACAAAAUAGCAGUUUCAUUGUGUGUUUAAAAUAGAGAUCGACCAAUUAGCGAUUUUCAAUUGCCGAUGUCGAUACUGAUAUCUAGAGAGUAUGAUGUCCGAUAUAAAUGCCAAUACACCUUAUACAAUUUAACAAUGGCAAAUUAGAUGUACACUCAAUUCUGAGUUAAUUUUGAGUACAAAUUGUUGUUAACUAAACUCAAUUACUCAAAUUUGCAUAAACUUGAAAAGAAAAAAAACCUUGAAAACAGAAAGUGUUGACUAUCCAUUGAAAAAUCCAUUAGCAGAUUUUGGAACAGACACAAGGGAACGUUUACACUUUUUGUUAAUAGGCUAAGCGCACUCAGCCAGUGGCGAUUAUUGCAAAAUGGCCAAAUAUCGGCCGAUUGAUCAGGCUGGCCGAUAUAUCGGUCUAUCACUAGUUUGCAUGCACAACAAAACACUGAUAACUUUAAAUAAUCUGCUCAAUAUUUAAAACAGUUAAUGCUAGAAUAUUGGAAGUGAUCAGGUUUUCGCAACCUGUUUCUGGUCUUGACUAAACUGUAAGAAGACUUACGCGAUUGGGCUGCAUUAAUGAAACACAUUUACAAAUGAUUUACACCGAUUUGCUUGUGUAUUGUGUAAUUAAUUCUUAAAACCUGAUCUAAUUCUUAAAGUCUUUCUCUAAAAUGUCGAGCUGAAUGCAACAGUUUGGUCAAGAUGGCUGUUUCUUGGUGUUUCAAUCAGGUUUUGCAUAAACUGUAUACAAACUUGCCCUGAAUAUAGAGCGUAGUUUAAGGCAUUUACAUGGCCUUACAUGCUGUCGGCUUAUUAAGCAUAAUCGGGGUAAAAUUGUGCAUGUCAAUAAAGACAACCAAUAAUGUGGCACGGUUUUGUAUUGUAAGACAACCACAAGUGUACUGAUUGUUUCACUGGGAAAAUCACUUUUACACACGUCAGAAUGAAACUUCAGCAGUAGCAUAAUUUGUUCAUGGAAGUGGAAAACAACAAAAAACGUAACAAACGUACGAAGCAAAUCUCACUGUAAUUUCUGGUAUUUCUGAUUAGAUUUAUGGUUAUAUAACAAUCCCAAAUACUUGUAUUUUUGUGUGUGUAAGCUUUUAUGUAACAGCUGUGGUCGAUGUUGUAUUUUUAUUUCUGUAAGAGUAAGAACACACUCCUAGCGGAGUGGUAAUACACAGCAAUGGUUAUAGCUGUUACUUGGAGUGUGUGAUUGUAACAUCAAGAUGCAAUCAAAUAAACAUUGUGACUAACUGCAAAAGCCA